AUGCAGGAAGUAGGAGAGAAUGAGACCGAAGUAACUGAAUUUAUCCUCAUUGGCUGGUCUGGUCGACCGAAAUCAAGGAUGGCUUUACUGGUGUUCUUAACUGUUGCUUACUCAAUAACUGUUGUUGGAAAUGGACUCAUUGUCUUGGUAGUCAUAGCCGAUCCACGGCUCCACAAUCCCAUGUAUUUUUUUCUUUGUAAUUUGUCAAUUCUGGAUCUCUGCAUGACAACUUCAGGGAUCCCACAAUCUAUAGCCAACUGCUUAGUGGACAGGCCUGUUAUGUCUCUUCUUCUGUGCUACGCCCAGAUCUAUGCUGGUCUUUUUUUUGGAGCAACUGAAUGUUUACUUCUGGCUGUCAUGGCUUAUGACCGUUACGUUGCCAUCUCCAAUCCACUGCGCUACAUGCUCAUCAUGAACAGGACAGUUUGUAUCAUGUUGGCUACUGUGACAUGGACUACUGGAUUUAUGGUUACAGUUGUGCCCUGUCUUGCUAAGCCAGCUAGAUUCUGUGGAAAUAAUGAAGUUGACCAUUUGUCAUGUGAAUUUAAAGCUGUAUUUAAGCUCAUUUGUACAGACACCUCUAUGAGCCAAAUAAGCAUCACCUUCACCAGCUUUUUCACAUUGGUUUUUCCACUUGGCUUUAUCCUGUUUUCUUAUUUGCGUAUUCUUAUGGCAAUCCUGAGAAUGCAUUCAGAAGGAGGCAGGAUGAAGGCUUUUUCCACAUGUGGAUCCCAUCUUGCUGUGGUGUCCAUGUAUUAUGGCACCUGUAUAUUCACAUACCUCCUUCCUCAGAGUAAGAACACCAGUGACAUGGAUAAAAUAAUAUCUGCAUUUUAUGGAGUCCUGACACCUAUGUUCAAUCCUUUAAUUUAUACACUAAGAAAUCAAGAAGUGUUGGGAGCACUGAAUCGACUUCUGUUUGUUAAAAAAGGAGAUGCAUAG